UGGACCUGUGGGAGGCGGGGUGAGGGGGAUGGGACGUUGAAUGAUAAGACCAGAAAGGGACACGAUUCGAUACAGUGGUAAUUUUAUUUAUCAUAAGUCAGCCAUUUACUCUAACGCUUACACACUGAUAAUUGCAUUUCAGCGUUGUUCCAGGUGAGUACUAGUGAGGAUGACGAUGCCGCAUGUAGGGGCAGUAUUUGGCGCAAUAGCAGGAGUGAUGGCCAUCUUGUUGCACUCCUCCAUUCACAAGAUAGAAGAAGGACACCUUGCUGUGUACUACAGAGGUGGGGCGUUGCUGACUUCUCCCAACGGUCCUGGAUAUCACAUCAUGCUGCCUUUCAUAACCACCUACAGAUCAGUGCAGACAACUCUCCAAACUGAUGAGAUCAAGAAUGUGCCUUGUGGAACAAGUGGUGGUGUGAUGAUCUAUUUUGACAGAAUAGAAGUUGUGAACAUGUUGGUCCCUACAGCAGUGGUGGAAAUUGUGAGGAACUACACAGCUGAUUAUGACAAAACUCUCAUUUUCAACAAGAUUCACCAUGAGCUCAACCAGUUCUGCAGUGUACACACACUACAGGAGGUCUACAUUGAGUUGUUUGACAUUAUAGAUGAGAACCUGAAGACUGCUCUGCAGAAAGAUCUUAAUGCUAUGGCACCUGGACUUACAAUACAGGCAGUCCGUGUUACCAAGCCAAAGAUCCCUGAAUCUAUCAGGAGGAACUUUGAACUCAUGGAAGCAGAGAAGACUCGUCUGUUAAUAACAGCUCAGACUCAGAAGGUGGUGGAAAAGGAAGCCGAGACUGAGAGGAAGAGGGCCAUUAUUGAGGCUCAGAAAGUGUUGCAGGUUGCAGAAAUCCAGUUCCAACAGAAGGUGCUGGAGAAAGAGACAGAGAAGAGGAUCUCUGAAAUAGAGGAUGCUGCCUUCAUGGCGAGGGAGAAGGCUAAGGCUGAUGCUGAAUAUUACACUGCUGCCAAGUUCGCUGAAGCAAACAUGUUGAAGUUAACCCCGGAGUACCUGGAGCUGAUGAAGUACCAGGCCAUAGCAGCUAACAGUAAGAUCUACUUUGGCCAGGACAUCCCUAACAUGUUUGUAGAGGGAACCAGCACCCCCCCUAAGUCUGCGCGCUCCCCUCACCUGUCCAGUGCUCAACCGGACUUACUCAAAGUGAAGCCAGAGGGACAGUGAGCCCGUAGCUCUGCCUCUGCACGGGACAGGAGAGUCUGACGGGGACUUGUCUUGUCAGUGAGGUGGAGAGCACUGAACUGAAGAUGAUUGGUUGGAUAGCUUUGCAAGCUAGUUUGGUGAAUAACGCACUUCAGUCUUAAAUCUAAAUGGCAAAGACAGAGAGGGAGAAUUAAAGGACAAGCAGAAGUGAGAGUUAUGAAAGGCACAAUUAAAGGGAACUUUUUUUACCUUCUGCUCUUUGGGGGAAAUAGAAGUUUAGGAAUGAGAAAGAUGCCAUAGUUAAAAAUCAAAAGCAUAAUAAUGCUUCUGCCUGGGAUGGCGACUGCAAGAAGUCGCCUUAAUUUACAUGUGCUUGCAACCAGUGCAUCUUUUAACUUUGCUGUUGGAUCUGCAUUAAUUUUGUUUGUUGUAUGCAAGAGGAGUGAUCUGUGAUGAAAAAGAUUUUUGAAGAUUUAAUGUCUGGUUGAGCUGAACUGGAAUCUAACAGGUGACACUAAUUAUUAAAAGCGGUAUGGUUUGUGUGUAACACGGGUAGGUCAUCUCUGUGCCGUCUUCUCUUCCGCUCAAUCACUAGUUGGCUCUUUUUCUCAACGUAAGUCAGUGUGGGGACUGCUUAAUCCCGCCUCAUGUCAAAUGCUGCUUGGGGAUGAUGUUAGCAAAGUUAUGACAGGCGAAAUAAUAGUGAGCAUUUGUCGUUCACAACAUCUCCAGUUGUAAUCAAACAUGAAAACUGAGAUUUUUUUUUUAAAAAAAUGAUAGUGUUCUAGAAACAAGUGACCUGACUUUGUUAAAUUUUCACUCAAGUUUGCAUAAAGUUUGAUACAAUCCUAAAGAUACUCAAGUCUCUGAAGUUUGAGGGCUGUCAUCGUAGUCACAGUUUCUGUAGUUGAAAUACAGUGGUGUCAGAUUGGUAGUAAUGUAGUUUAUUUUCUGUUAGCUUGGUGAUAGUUUGCUGUUAUUAGUUGUGGUUGUGGGUGCAGCUUCCUCAGGAAGACUUGAGAUGCUGCACUGAGAUCUGCUGCAGCGUUUACUGUGACAAUAAAAGGUUCUGAUGCUGCCAAUAGAAAAUCAGAUUUUCUCUGCUAAAUGCUGAUUUAAGUUGAUCAAUAAUAAUGAAGUUCAUUAACGAGGGGGCUUAAACAGUAAAGCAGUCGAAUGAUAGUGCCACAGGAUAAAGAUGUGAUUUUGUCGUCCUUGUCAAGAGGUCAGUGCAUCUUUCUUAUCUGUUUUGAUUAUCAGGGCAUGUGGAAAUAUGGAGUGGCUUGAUUCCGAUGAUUAGUAGUGCCUGCGAUUGUCUGCCAACUCUAUUGCUAUACAGCUUAUUCUGAUGUGGUGAAAUGUAAAUUCUCAGGAAAUUUACUUUUAUUUUGAUAAAACAGCUGCUUAGUGGUGGCAGGAAUGAGUCCUAAAACACGGAUUAUUUUUCUUUCAUCCUAAAACACGGAAAUGUGUCAAUAUUUUAGCACUUCCGGUUCUCUCAUCUUAGGCCCUGUGUACAACCUGUAUUAACAGGCAUUUUUGGUGAUCAAAUCACAAGUGGACAGCAUGUAAACGACCACCUAGACACAUUGUGGUCCGAUCACUUAAACCACUUGCCGAGGUGGUCUGGAAUACAUUUGACCGACAUAUCUUUUGUAUUGUAAACGAUAAUGUGUCCUGAUGUGUCCCCAACAAGGACAAUGUAAUCAGUGCUGGCCUUUGUGGUUGAGCCACUAUAGAGCAGCUAGCAGUUGUUUGGAAGUAAAAACUGUGCGUGGGUCGCUCGGCUGUCCAAUUGAUCAUUGAAAUGCAUGUUAAUACCAGGUCAAACCCAAUAGUUUUUUGGUAAGAUGCCCGAAAUAAGGUCUGUUGUAACACAAACGUAAGAGACUUUAACGUUUUGUUCUAGGACAUAAUCUACAUGAGUAAAUACGCCACUCUGGAAUUUUGAAGCUGUAACGUGUCUUAAAAAAGGCGGUUGCUAACAUUUGGCUAAAUGGGACUACAGAACGUCAUAAUGCCAAACACGGCUUUACAGCCUCGCUGUGGUGGUGACAAAGCCAUGCAGCCGUGGUGUACUUUGUUUACAGCGCAACGUUUGUUUUUACUUCUGGCCAUUGCGAUUGUGCUUCAAAAAUCCUAAAUUUUGUCUAAAUUUGUGAAGAUUACCUUGUUAAAUGAAACGUGUUAGUAUCAAAAACUUUUGUUUGCCUCAGAGCUUACUUAAUGCAAUAAUCCAAAAUAGGCUUUUGUCGAGGGAACCAGGGCGAUGUUAACCUCAAACCUGGCCUACAAUAAAUGUCCUCCCUGCACUACUCUUUGUUGGACAGAACUAACACCCUUAAAGUCAAAUUCAACAAUUUUGUAAGAAAAGAGAAUGAAAAAAUGUCUUAACUGAAUCUGGUGACACAGUGAAACAAGAAAAUAUUUGAUUUUUUUUUUUUUAGUGCACUGUCACCAUUUUGUUGCUCCGUUUAUUAACGGUGGGCGUCUGUGACACUAAAUAUUAUGAGCAUGUUGGUUUGUGAAAAUAAAAUGAAGCUCCCUUUCACAGUCAAUGUUUACAUUUUUCUGUAAUCCAAAACUUAAUGAAUGGCAAAGUUUUUCAGUCUUUGCUAAAUAAUAUCAUUUUGAUGGCACACAGAUCCUAAUUACAGUGGUGACCUAGUGUGAGAAUUUAACCUCUGAUCAGUUUUGUGUGACAAUAUGAGUUCCAGUACAACACAACAACAACAAGCUUUGCUCAAUAAAAGAAUGAAUGUUGAUUAAGCUUGGGCUUAAAUAAGAUGCAAGUUGGUGCUAGUUUUUAAUUGUGUUUCAGCUUUUGUAUUUGUUCAGCUCUACUAUAUAAUACUUCCACUAUUCAGAAUGCAAGCCUUAAAUAAUAGUAAUGGGUUACCCCAGACUUCAAGAUUCAGUAAAAUGCUAAAAUGCUACAUUUGAACUGUGAGACUAUUUAAGAGCUUGUGUGUACAUACUGAAUUGUACGGCCUCAUCAUAGACUAGCUGAGAAAGACAGAACGAGCAGUGGACACUACUGGUGUUUGGAAGAUGUCGUGAUGUUUACUUGACCUAUGAAUUUAAAGUUAAAGGCUGCACUCUGCAUUUGCUUUGGUGGUGGGUUCAAAUAAAGAUGCAAAAUAGGGGUAUGAAUCACUCAUUAAAAUGAUUUUUUUUCUUUGUCAA